AUGUCUGCGCAUUCCAAAUUCUUCUCUUCGAUAAAACAGGUUGAAAAAAGGAUAAAAUUAGAGAACACAAGAACAAAAACAAGAGAAUCACAAGUACAAGAAAGCAAUGUUUUAUCAACAUUGGGUUCACCUUUGUUUCUCCAACCUAGUUGCAGCCAAACAUGUCCAACCCAAGAAAGCAGUGAACCUCCUCAGCAAUUCCUCUCAAUUUCUCAAGGAUUCUCACUGACCCAUCAAAACCCUAUUCAAACCACUCCUUCAGAUGACAUCACAAUUGCAAAUGAAGAUGUUGAUGACAUUGAAGAGUUAAUGAUGCUACUAGGAAUUUCAGAGGAACAAAGGGAUGGUUUUGGUUUUGAGGUUGAUGACGGUGAUUGUGAUUCUUGUCACUGUGAAGGUGGGUUUCAUUCGAAAUUUGUUGGUGUAGAAGGGCCAAAGUGUAAGAAAGAGGUGUUGAGAUUAGAUGGGUGGAUCAAGCAUUUUCUGAAUGAUGGUGUGGAAAAGAAAGAGCCUUUGAGGUUGGCACAUUUGCUUUUAGAGAAAGCUGCUUUUGUUUCUGACUCUAAGGAUGGUUUUGGAGGUUUGGAUUUCCCUUCAACUGUUCAAGAAUUUCUUCAUACUGAUCCUCCCAGGAAUUGA